AUGAAGCUCUCCUCCAUCAUUCUCACAGUUUUUGCACUAGCCACAACUGGCAUCGCAACGAAGACGUGCACUCCUAGCUUUGAUUAUUGUUCUGAUGUCCUGAUUAAAGACAAAGGAUUCACCGAGGCCGACCUGAAGGAUGUUUUGAAGGGAUCGGAUCUAGAGGAUGAGGAUGUUGAGAAUGUUCUAUUCCAUUGCAAGAACCCCGGCGAUGUUGGACACCCUAAGCUUUGCACGAGUGGAUGUAAAGAUCCAGCGACAGAGGGUAGCCAUUCGUGUUCAGGCUAA